AUUGGAAACCACGCAGCACAGAGGAAGCUCAGCAUCAUCCCUUUUUUUUUUUAACAAACCCUUUGAACAUGAACUGGCGUGUUAUCAUUUGUCCUCCCGGCCUGUGGAGAAGCAGCAGCAUUCAUGAAAGGUUCCUGACAGAAGACGAGCUUUUGACUGAGGGAUUUUUCUUCUCUUCAUGAGGAAAACCAACGUUUUGACAGAAGCUCCUGAUUUGGUGUGCUGCUUCCUGCUGCUGCUGACAUGGGAGAAGAAACGCCGCUGCUGCCCAAAGCACCAUGUGACUCCAAGAUCAACAACUCCAAACUCUUCCUGGCCGUCUUUGCGGCCGUCUUGGGGAACUUUAACUUUGGUUACUCCCUGGUCUACUCGUCCCCGGUCCUGCCAAAGCUGAAGAGCCCAGAUGUGGACCCCCGGCUCAGGAUGGGCACAUAUGAGGCCUCCUGGUUCGGCUCCAUCUACUCCCUGGGUGCAGCUGCUGGAGGGCUGGGGGCCAUGCUGCUCAACGACUUGAUCGGACGGAAGCUGACUAUCAUGAUGUCGGCGAUUCCUUCAACUAUUGGAUACAUGCUGAUGGGAGGAGCUGUGGACUUGUGGAUGCUCCUGUUGGGACGUUUCCUCACUGGCAUCGCUGGGGGCAUGACUGCAGCGUCCAUCCCUGUUUAUAUCUCUGAGAUCUCCCACAAAUCAGUGAGAGGAGCGCUGGGCUCCUGCCCUCAGAUCACUGCUGUGUUUGGGGCCCUGGCACUCUAUGCUCUCAGUCUGGUGGUGCCUUGGCGUUGGCUGGCCGUGGCGGGGGAGCUGCCUGCUGUGUUGAUGGUUGUGCUGCUGGUGUUCAUGCCCCGCUCCCCCAGGAGGCUCCUCUCUCUGGGCAGAGAGCAGCAGGCUGAGAAGGCCCUCCGCUGGCUGAGGGGGAAAGACUACAACACACAAAUCGAGCUCAAAGCCAUUCAGGACAGCAUCAACACACGGGGGAAAGUCACAUGGUCUGACCUGGCAACACCGGUCUUCUACAAACCAAUCACCAUCGCUGUGGUGAUGCGUUUCCUGCAGCAGAUGACGGGCAUCACACCCGUCCUGGUCUACCUGGAGUUCAUCUUUUCAAAGCACAAAGUCUCCCUGGAGCCAAAGUUUGAUGCCGCCAUCGUGGGCGCAGUCCGCCUCCUCUCUGUUGUCGUGGCAGCCAGUUUGAUGGACAGGGCGGGUCGUAAAGCCCUGCUGUACACGUCCAGCAUGCUGAUGUUCCUGUCCACCCUGACUCUCACCAUGAUCUCCCACAACGCAGACUGCCCUCCAGGUCCCACCCCUCCUAACAUCACCAUCCCUUUGGACUACAGCUCCCAUAAUGCUGUUGGAGAAACCGCAGCAGGCCUCCUGCCUCUCAUCAGCAUCAUGGUGUUCAUAUUUGGAUACGCCAUGGGAUGGGGCCCAAUCACAUGGUUGCUGAUGUCAGAGGUGUUGCCGCUUGCUGCCAGGGGCGUGGCCUCAGGUCUGUGUGUCACUGUGAGCUGGCUGACGGCCUUCCUGCUCACCCAAGUGUUCACACACCUGGUGGACAGGUACGGCCUGUAUGUGCCCUACCUGUGGUUUAUGGUGGUGUGUGUAUUCUGUCUGCUGUUCAACGCCGUGUGCAUACCAGAGACUCGGGGUCGCUCGCUGGAGGAAAUCGAGAACUAUUUCAGGACAGGGCUGACGUUCAGCAUCAGAAGGAGUCGUUCCAACACACAGACGAGAUAAAGAUUCAUUUCCCAAGAUGCAUCUCUGACACAGUUUUAUAAACUAAUAUUAAUAUAUAGAGGCUGAGGACAGAGAGUGUGUGUCAUACAGAAUGUGAGGAUACAAGAGAACACAACUACUCGAGCAGCAGGUCACACUUCUACAUCUAAAGCCUGGUUUAUACUUCUGCACCGAAUCAACACUGCAGCCCACAACAUAGGUCCACACACGUAGCCUGACAUUCACCUCCCCUUGACACGCCCAUAAGACCUGUGAUUGGUCCGCUGAGCAGCAUCGUAUUUCCUAUGUUUACAACAUUUCUGGAUUUACUGUAAAUUUACCGUAAAUCAUCUAUAAAUCGGCCGUACAUCGACAGUAUAUCAACCGUAAAUCCACUAUAACUCAACGGUACAUUGCAUGUCCGCUGGUCUGCUGAGGAGCAUCAUAUAUCCUACAUUUACACGUUUCUGUUAUCGAAUGUAAAUGGACAGUAACUCGACUGUAAAUUGACCAUAAAUCGACCGUAAAUCGACCGUAAAUCGACCAUAAAUGGACAGUAACUCGACCGUAAAUGGACAGUAACUCGACCGUAACUCAACCGUAAAUGGACAGUAACUCGACCGUAACUCGACCGUAAAUGGACAGUAACUCGACCGUAAAUGGACAGUAACUCGACCGUAACUCGACCGUAAAUGGACAGUAACUCGACCGUAAAUGGACAGUAACUCGACCGUAAAUGGACAGUAACUCCACCGUAAAUGGACAGUAACUCCACCGUAAAUGGACAGUAACUCCACCGUAAAUGGACAGUAACUCGACCGUAAAUGGACAGUAACUCGACCGUAACUCGACCGUAAAUGGACAGUAACUGGACCGUAACUCAACCGUUACUCGACCGUAAAUGGACAGUAACUCGACCGUAAAUGGACAGUAACUCGACCGUAACUCGACCGUAAAUGGACAGUAACUCGACAGUAACUCCACCGUAAAUGGACAGUAACUCGACCGUAAAUGGACAGUAACUCCACCGUAAAUGGACAGUAACUCCACCGUAAAUGGACAGUAACUCCACCGUAAAUGGACAGUAACUCCACCGUAAAUGGACAGUAACUCCACCGUAAAUGGACAGUAACUCCACCGUAAAUGGACAGUAACUCCACCGUAACUCGACCGUAAAUGGACAGUAACUCCACCGUAAAUGGACAGUAACUCCACCGUAAAUGGACAGUAACUCGACCGUAAAUGGACAGUAACUCCACCGUAAAUGGACAGUAACUCCACCGUAAAUGGACAGUAACUCCACCGUAACUUGACCGUAAAUGGACAGUAACUCGACCGUAAAUGGACAGUAACUCGACCGUAAAUGGACAGUAACUCGACCGUAACUCGACCGUAAAUGGACAGUAACUCCACCGUAAAUGGACAGUAACUCCACCGUAAAUGGACAGUAACCCGACCGUAACUCAACCGUUACUCCACCGUAAAUCGAACGUAAAUCAAACGUAAAUGGACAGUAACUUGACCAUUAAUUGACCAUAAAUUGACCAUAAAUGGACAGUAACUUGACCGUAAAUUGCAUAUCCACUGGUCCACUGAGCAGCAUUGUAUUUCCUACAUUUACAACAUUUCUGUAAUCACCGUACAUUGACCACAUUUCGGUCAGAAUUCUAUAUAAUAAUUGCUGAAUGAUCAGUGGCAACAUUUAUCAGCUUCCUGUUAACAUAAUAUGCUCAGAGUUGAAAUAAUUAUCUGUGGAUGAGCAAGCAGGUGAUCUGAAACAGGCGAUCUGAAACAGGCGAUCUGAAACAGGCGAUCUGAAACAGGCGAUCUGAAACAGGCAAUCUGAAACAGGCGAUCUGAAACAGGCGAUCUGAAAUAGGCGAUCUGCCUCAGAGUGUUUAGGCGGAGUAUUAGUGAUGAAGACCGUGUUGUCCUUGUAGAGUCAACCAGGAAGUAUAAACCAGGCUUCAGUAAUAAUAAUCUAACAAAUAAUCCAUCUUUUAAAUGUUUUAAAUGUUUCUUUUAUGUCUCCAAACUGACGGCAUGUCCUGAGUCUGCAGUCACAGUAAUUACACUCGUUGCUUAAUCACACUUCUUUUUUGUAGUCCCUGUAAUUGGCUUUAAUUCUGCCACAGUUAUAUAACACAUUCCCUUCUAUUCAUAGGUGAGGUAAGACCACAAACCUCAAUCACAGAUUUGGACUGGUUAUGUUCCUGGUAUGAACCUCUUUGCCAAGUAUCUGAGGGCAGGCACAAUAAUAUAGUCCUCUGUUUGAGCUUUACUCUCUUUGAUUGGACAGAAAGACGUCUCAGGUCACUGGUUGCUGCCUGACAAUCAGUGAGCGUAGACUGUGUGUGUUAAAAGAGAUCAAUGUAACUUUGUAUUCAUAUGUUUCACCUGCUUGAAGACUGAUUUGACUGAGUUUCUGUGCUAACUGAUUGAACACUUUGUGAGGUAUGUUACCUUUAAAGGCGUGAAAACAAAGUAAUUACAAAUAAUGAUGUGACAGAAUCUGAUUAUUUGAAUCUUAUCACACUGCUCUGGAUCGUUUGACAGCAAAACCUCACUUUCAAUCCAGACCUGCAUGCACUUUAUGAACCUGAGACAAAAACCAUGAAACUGUUUUGUCUGAUGAACAAAUGGUUACCAUCCGUCUGUGAAAACAAGCGGCUGACCGUCCCCUAUGGGCGUAGACAACAGGACAGGAAGUGAUGCUGCUCAGCAGGACAGGUCACAUGCCACAGCGAGCACUCAGCGUUUAAUCUGAGGCUGACUCACAACAAGAGGAGCAAAUCACUGACACCAAACCCUCACUGCUCCUAUCACAAAGGAACAGAUGAUUUAUAAUUGAAUGUGCAAUAAACUGGAUGCUGAACAUG